GUUCGAUGAGUCGAGUCUUGUGUACAGUGCAUGGCUGUAAUGUGGAGCUUCACAGAGGUUUAAAGGAGAGAAGCGGGAUUUUCAUUUCAAGCUGACAGUCAGCCAGGAUGGGUCGGCGCUCGUCUGACAGUGAAGAGGACAGCCGGAGCAGGAGAAGGAGAAAGCAGCGUCGUCGGUCAUCCUCCUCUUCUGAUUCGUCUUCUUCCUCCGGCAGCAGGGUGACCAGCAGCCGGAGCCGGAGGUCCAGCCGUCGGAGUCGAUCUCGCUCCAGAGACAGAAGGAGGAGAAAACGUUCCAGCAGCAGUUCGUCUCACAGUUCAUCUUACAGGAGGAAGAGUCACAGCGGGGAGAGAGACAAAGGGAGGAGCCACCGCUCGCACAGGUCCCGCAGCCGAGACAGAAGGUCUCAUUCUCGCCACCGUCGCUCUCGCAGUCGGAGUGGCAGCCGAAGCCGGCGAGGGACCCACAGCCGCAAACGGAGCAGCAGCCGCAGUCGCCGGAGGAGCCGGAGCCACAGCAGAGAGCGGGACCGGGGCCACCGCAAGGGCCGCGACCGGGAGAAGGAUAGAGAAAAAGAGAGGGACAGAGGACGAGAUAGAGACAAGGACAAGAGCAAAGACAAGGCGGACAAAAAGGGGGAUGCCGGGAGCAUCAAAGGAGGAUUAGAACAUCUGACUCCAGCAGAGCAGGCUAAAGUUCGGAUGCAUAUGGUCCUGCAGGCUGCAGCUAAGACGGACGAGGUGCUGAAGGCAAAAGUCGCCAAAAGAGAGGAGGAGGCCCGGAAGAAACAAGAGGAAGAGGGAACUUCUCUGGAGGAGCAAGUGCGAAGGAUAAAGGACAUCGAGGCCAUCGAGAGUGAUUCCUUUGUUCCUCAGGCUUUCAAAUCAUCCAGGGAUGAUAUAAAGGCUGAGUCAGCUGACGUGAAGUACGAGUCAGAGCGGUCAGGUUCUCAGGACAUCACUCUCCCUAUGUCCAUAGUCUACAAUGACAACGACACGCUCGCCCAUCCCAGUUUGUUCAUGGAUAAGGAGAAGGCCGAGGAGCUGUGGCUAAACAGACUGAUCUCCCUACGGCAGGAGAGGCUCAUGGGAAGUCCCGUGCCCUGAAGAAAACCAGGAAGAUCUUUUUUUUUUAUUAGGGCAAAUUUGAACCAACUCUAAUGUGUCCUGAUACACAUCUUUUUCCUUCUGUUUUUGUUUUAGGAUGUUUCUAAAUUUCUUAUUUUGUCUCUCCAUGGAUUUAUCCAACCAGCUGUAAAAACGUUGGAGAUGUGAAUGAAAUAAGCUUUUUUUUGUGCUUUGUUUUAUAUUGUCUUUGCGGUCAAUUUAGAGAAUAAAAGUUUCUGGUUCCUUGAAGUAAUAAAUGUAUUUUGUUUUUGUUUGUCUCUGGAAAAGAAAAACCCCUUGGUGAAAUCACAUUGAUAGACUCAAUGUCCUCUUUCUCAUCAAAACACUUCUUACAGCACUAGCUCCAGACAGAUUCAGAUAAAUGAGUCACCUUUCCUUUCUGUAACUUUCUAAAAGUAGCCUGGCUCCCCCUGAAGAAACCU